GAAAGACCGGUCUACGCGCUUACCGAUCGGCAACGUUAGUUCGAAAUAAGUCACAAAACAUCGGCCGAUCGCUCAAGUCGUGCUUCCGACGAUUCGAUUUAGUCGUUAAUUUGCUGAUUUGCUAAUAUAUAGAAUUAGCGAUUAUUUCGGUUUGAUCGCGAACGCAGUGUCUGCCCGUGAACGACUCGCCAAGAAUCACCAAAGUCAAGGAUGCAGUACUUGGGAUUACUUUUCACAGUUUUCGGACUGCUGGCGUUGGGCGUCGCGACGCCCAACGGAGGGCGGGAAAAGCGUCAGUACGACGUGGCGGUCCAGAAUUGCCAGGAGAUUUUCAACGCUCCCUGUGACACGUUGAACAAGUUUCCGUCUACGUCGACGCUGCCACCCCUGAACACGGCGCUGCCUAAGGUCCAGGUGCCGGACUGUGAAUGCGUGUUUUACAACCUCUGCUCGAGCAAGGAGGUCUCCAAUUCGGACGGGUCGUUCGUGAUCGAUAAAAGGCUCGGCGAGACCUGCGCAGGCACCCUUGACGUCUGCUGCCCGAAGUCGUUUAUCCUUCAACGCCCGGUUGACGAAGUAACGCCGACCCCGACAUUUACGCCGGGGCCGACGCCGAGGCCGAUGCCAACGCCGAGGCCGACACUGACGCCGAUGCCGACGCCGACGCCGACGCCGACGCGGCCCGUCAACCCGGUGAGAACGGGCUGCGGGUACCGCAAUCCUGAGGGAUCGACUGUCAGGAUAACCGGCAGCGACAACGAGGCCCAGUUCGCCGAGUUCCCCUGGAUGGUCGCCGUCAUCGCCAAACCGGCCCCAGGCGUCGAGCAUAGCGGCUACAUCUGCGGUGGUUCACUGAUUCACCCCCGGGUGGUUUUGACCGCCGCCCACACAAUCGAGGGGUUGAGCGCCCAGAACCUGGUGGUCAGAGCCGGAGAUUGGGACUCGCAGAGCCGAUCCGAGCCAAUUCCGCACCAGCAGCUGUCGGUGCAGACUAUCAUUAUGCACGAGGACUUCAAUACUAACAAUCUUCAGAACGACUUUGCGCUGCUGAUCACCGAGCAGCCGUUCGCAAUCACGCCCAGUGUAAACACGAUCUGCCUUCCUCGGGAGAACGAUGGUUUUGACGCAGUCAGGUGCACGGCCACAGGAUGGGGCAAAGACACCUUUGAAGCAGUUGGCCGAUUCCAGGCUGUUCUCAAGAAAAUCGAGCUUCCUGUAGUACCGCACGCACAUUGUCAAACUAACCUGCGACGCACCAGGCUUGGAAGCAAUUUCAUUCUCAAUCAGAGUUUCAUAUGCGCCGGCGGAGAGGCUGGACAGGACACAUGCACGGGUGACGGUGGCAGUCCGUUGGCUUGCCCUUCGAAGAAUGCUCAGGACCGAUAUGUUCAGGCUGGUAUCGUGGCCUGGGGAAUCGGUUGCGGUGCUGAUCGAACACCCGGUGUCUACGCCAACGUGGGCAAGGCUCGUCAAUGGAUCGACAGCAAGAUGGCGCAGUACAACCUUGACACGUCUUCCUACCAGUGUCCGAAAGCGAAAGAACGGCUAAACCAGUUCCUUCCGUUCCUUGAAGUAAACGACAACCCGCUGCGGACAUCCAGUGACAUGAGGAGUAUAGUGAUUAACUUCGUUGUCCUGGCAUUGACGGGGUCUGUGACUUCGGCGGACGUUUUGGGACCAUCGGGAUCUAUCAACCAGACACAGAUAAAGACGCGAGCAGACUUCUCCUCGACUGAAUCAUGCGUUUGCGUCCCAUAUUAUCUCUGCAAUUCGGAAAAUAUCGUCAUCACUAAUGGCGAGGGUGAAAUUGACAUCAGGCAAGCACGGAGCUGGUCCGGGGAGGUGGUUUCGGCGUGCGACGACUACUUGGAAGUCUGCUGCAUGCUGCACAAGCAACCGAACAAGCCCAGCACGUGUGGACUUCGUCAGGCUCUCGACCUUGAGCAGUUCGUACCUCGGCUAGACCAGGAGGAAGCUGAAAGCGGGGAAUUUCCAUGGAUGGUAACAAUCUUUCGGGUGAAAGAAGUCCACCGGAACAACGAGACCAAGGAGGCCAAGGUGUACCAGUGCCAAGGAACCCUUAUUCAUGAGAGCGUAGUAAUAACGGCGGCACAAUGCGUCCACGACACAAAAAACACGUUAGAGCCCCUUUGGAUCCGAGCCGGACAAACGGACACCAUGAUGACUCUGGAGGAGGAUCCGUACCAGGAGGUCGAGGUGCGCAGUACCGUUGUCCACAAAAACUACAACCCGCAAACACUUCUCAGAAACGUUGCCCUGCUGUUUUUGAAAACCCCGGUGACCAUAAACCGGCGGGUCAACAUCGCCUGCCUGGCGAAUUACAACGACAAUAUUGACGAGAAGAAUUGUAUGGUGAUCGGAUGGGACAAAUUUUUGGCUCCAGAGGACGUCUACUUUCAACGAAGUCAGACCAACAUGCUGAGGAAAAGAGUCGAACCCUACGUCGAACCAGCGGCUUGCGUCACAGCUCUGAAAAAAACUCCGCUUGGGAAAAGCUUCCAACUUCACAACAGUUUCGUUUGCGCCGGUGGUCAAUCUGCUAGAAAGAAUUUCUGUUCGCGUGAAAUUGGCGCUCCGUUGGCUUGUCCUUUGAAGAGCAAUCCUAAUCGGUACGUUCAGUUGGGUAUUGGCUCCUGGUGUAUGAGCUCCGGUAACUUUGAGACGCCCAGCAUUUUCGCAAGUGUUCCUCAACUCCGGAGGUGGAUCGAUCGCGAAAUGAGGAAAGCGAAUUUUGACACUUCGGGAUACAAAGCGUCCAAGCUUUAAAGAAUUUCUGGUCACCUUAACGGAAUUACGUUGAUAGAUUUUAUAUUACUUGCCAAAUUAGUUUUCGGCAAUUUAUUUUAAGAGGCUCCUGU